GGAGUAAGGUAAAGUGAGGAACGUGGUGUGUGUCUAACUUACUCUUGCAACCAAAGAUAGAGAGCAAAAGCUUUGGUCGAACGUUGUUGCACACAUCGAGCUGUAGUAUUUAUCCAGCAAUGUAUUUACUGUGAGCGGAAAUUAGUAUAGAAACCAGUCGAACUAGUCUCAAGACUUGGUACAACCAACCAAGCUAGCCAUUGAGGGCAUUGUUUAAUAAAUUUUUAUCAUUCGAGAAGAAUCUUUCAACAAGAAUCUCUUCAAAAAAUCAAAUACUUUUUUACUAUUUUUAUCCUUUUUUUAAAUACCAUUAAACUGUUAUUUUUUUUAUCAAAGUUAUGUUUAUUAUAAACUAAAUAUUCAAACAAAAAUCUCUAAAUGAGAUAAGAAAUAAAAAUUUCUAUUUAGUGAUCUAUAUGUGAGUAAUGGAAAACAUAAAUUUGUGGUGUUAGAAAUUUUAAUUUUUACUAUCAAAUUUCGAAAUAAUGAAGUGACAAUUUCUAGUGUAAUUAUUAUAAUUAAUUUUUUUUUUUAAUUAUUCAUCUUUAGUACAUUGUUAACGUCUAAAAAUUUUUGGAUUUACAUCAUGACUGGAAUAAUAUUAUUCAAGACAUCGUGAUGCUGAGAAGCUAUAAAUUAAUAUCCAGGCUGUUGACAGUCUGCCUGGUAUUAUUAUUAAUAUGUCAAUAUACAAAUCAACAUCCAAUAUGUAAACCAAGUCAUGAAUAUUGGUCAUCAGAAUUAUCAUCAUGUAUUAAUUGUACAAAAUGUGCACCUGAAUUUACAAUAAGUCCAUGUGCUAUUGAUAAAAAUUCAGUAUGUGGACCAUUAUCAGCACUGGAACUUGACUGGUCAUUUUUAAAAAAUCGUAGAAAAACAAAUAAUAUUAAUUUACAAUUAAAUGAUGAUAAUAAUCAUCCAGAGAGUCUUAAAAAAAAUUAUAAUGAUAAUUUAAGUCAUAGUAGUAUUAAUAAUGAUUAUAGUCAAUUUGAUGAUUUACAAAAACUUCAAAUAUUACCGGAAGUACCAAAUGACCGUCAAAUUGACGAUUCAUAUUAUUUGCCAUGGGAUUGGCAAACAAGUGUUUUAGUACUUGCUGUUAUUGCUUGCAUUAUAUUUUUUAUGGUUGCCGGAUGUUCAGCAUUGAUAUAUGUACGUCAAUGGCGUCAAAUGAAACGAAAUUUUGAGCCAGCUGGUCUUGAGGAGAUAUCAGCUCGACUGAAUUUAAUGGUCAAAGCUGAACUUGCUGAGUUGAGUGCUGGUGCACCAAUGAGUCCUGGUGACCCUGAGACAAGGUGCCAAUAUCUUGAAAAAUUAUUAGACAGGAAACGAGAGACACCCGUGUUAGCUGGAUGGCCGGAAACAGGGGGAAACCUGUAUAUUGAAGCGGGAGAAACACCCAAGACAUCAAGAAAUAAACGAGCACAGAUUGCUCAAAUUCAUCGUAAUAUUGAGAGUAUUCUCAGUCACAAAAAUAUUCAAGAAUAAAUAAAAUAAUAAUUAUAUUAUAUUUUUAAAUUUUAUAUCAUAAUUAUUAAUUAAUUAAUUAACAAGAAAUUAUAUGCCAAACUUGUUAAUUUUAUUUUUCAUUUUUGAACAACAAAAUCUUCAUGAUUUUUUCAUUAAAAUCAAUACUAUGAUUUUUGUUGUUUCAAUAUAUUAAAAAUGUAAAUCUUUUUUUUUUUUUUUUUUUAAUCAUAUAUAAACAGUAUGUAGUUAUUAUAAAAUAAUAUUUUUUUUUUUGACUCAAAUUGCCACAUGAAAAUAUACAUAAGUACCAAUAUUGUAAUAUAAUGAAAAAAAAAAAAGAAAAAAAGAAAGAAGUAAUUAAUUAAUAAAAUAAGAUAUAUUUAUAAGGUAACUCGUGUAAUUGUUUUUUUUUUUAUUAUAAUAUACAUAAAUUGUUUUUAAAAUUAUUAUUUAGCUUGUACCCAUUACACCCUAGUAACAACAACAAUUAUUUUAUUAAAUAUAUAUUUAUUUAUUUUUGUUUUUUUUUUUAUAGGCAAAUGUAUACGUGGGCAGGGUGUGCACCUAAGGCUUUUUAUUAUUUUCUAAAUAUUAUUAAUUAAUAUAUAUAUUUGCAAGAGAAAAUUCAUCAUAUUUCUGGUAAAUUAUAAAUCAUUUUUUUAACAAUAUAAUUUUUCUUUGUAAACGUCAUCACAGUGUAGAUCGUUUUACCCUACUCAAACAAUCCGGGCAUGUUUUUUUUUUUAAAUCAAACAAUGGUCCAUAAAUUGUUUUAAUUAUAAUUUUUUUUUUUUAUCAUCUCAGGCACUUGUUGCUAUUUUAUUUAACACAAAAAUAUGAUGAAUGACCUGAUAAGUCAUGUAAAGGUUUCUAAAAAGACUCAAUUAUUAAGGUCACUGAAUUUUUAUAAUUGUUUUUCUUUUAUCCUAUUGUUU